UUUCCUCCCUCCAUCCCCACCCCGGUUCUGGGGGAAGAGAUGCACCUCCCCGCCUUGGCCUCCUCCUCCUUCCCCGCCCUCGGCUCCGUAAGCUUUAGGUCGAGGCUUGAUGACCCUGUCAAGUCCCUCUAAGCCAAACCCACUCAGGAAGCGACUUUGGCGUCUUGCAGAGAGCAGGGGACCAUCCCAAACCCGCUCUGCUAGAAGCUUUGAAGAAAUGAGGAGGUGUGUCUUAAGGACCGCCUCUGCUUCUUGUUUAGUGAGAGAGCGGCGCAGCCCAUCCGUCCAUCCAUUCUCCUUCAUCCAUCCACCCACACAUCCUCCUUCAGCCAGAGAAUCUCUUAGAUUCUGGAAAUAACGAGCCAGUAUCAUGGCCAGCAGCCUUAAUGAAGAUCCAGAAGGAAGCAGAAUCACCUAUGUGAAAGGAGACCUUUUUGCAUGCCCCAAAACAGACUCUCUAGCCCACUGUAUCAGUGAGGAUUGUCGCAUGGGCGCUGGGAUAGCUGUUCUCUUCAAGAAGAAGUUUGGAGGGGUGCAGGAACUGAUAAACCAGCAGAAGAAAUCUGGAGAAGUGGCUGUUCUGAAGAGAGAUGGGCGCUAUAUAUAUUACUUGAUUACGAAGAAACGGGCUUCCCACAAGCCAACCUAUGAGAACUUACAGAAGAGUCUAGAGGCCAUGAAGUCCCACUGUCUGAAGAACGGAGUCACCGACCUCUCCAUGCCCAGGAUUGGGUGUGGUCUUGAUCGGCUGCAGUGGGAAAACGUAUCUGCAAUAAUCGAAGAGGUGUUUGAGGCAACAGACAUCAAGAUCACUGUGUACACACUGUGAGCAGCUGAAGAUGGUGGUGGUUUGUGUCCUGUCAUCCCUGCUUGGCCGCGGGACUCAGCAAACUGACCUUUGAAUGGGCAGUGGAGGAGUGUGCCAUGGGCCAGGCUCGGGUUUCUGUAUUCAGCGUGUGGACGGGAACUCUGGAAGGGGCUGUUUGGGAAAUGUUGCUGUGUUUGUUUUGUUCUGCAGGAGGGUUGGGAGUACUUGGCCUGACACUAGGCCAGGGCACUAGAUAGAAACCGACGUAGCUGCAGUGCGCUACCUGGUUUUCCUUCUGGCCGGCCACUAGGUGGCAGCAUUGAUUCUAUUUCUCUGCUUUUUAAGAGAUUUCAGAAAGGGUAACAGAGGUCCUUUGUCAUCUGUGUACUUGGUGUUACUCAAAUAAUCAACUCACCAUAGGAAACAAUUAUUGGUUAUUCUAGUUAUAAAUCCAAGGUCUAUAUUGUUGCCAAUGAGUUUGUGGUGACAAAAAUGAACAAUAAAUCUUUUUCUUGAGGUU